AUGCCGCUUCAGGGAUGGGACGCCUUGCGGAUCCUGACGCAAAUCACCGCGCUACAAUCGAUCCACUACCUCGUCCUUGCUGCAGUUAUACCGGCGUUGUUAGCGGUAUUUGCAGAUACGGCAUCGUUGAUGUUCGAGGGUGGCCCAACGCAGGUAGGGAUGCUGUUUGAUUGGCGACAACUUGCAGCCUACCCUACUUACGACUGGAAUCCUCCCAAACGAGAAUCGUGGGAUUGGAACGAAACUUUAGUCGAUGAUCCGGUUAUGGACCAAGCAGUAUUUGCCCAGUGGAAUCUGGACAACGUCUGGAUCAACUCAACCAACAUGCUUGAUCAUGACAACAUCAUCAGGGUCAAAGGUUCGACUGUUGUAGAGCCGAGUGGGGAGGGGGGUAGUGUGGAGGAGCGGGUGGAGCAUUGGGAAUGGUCUCACACCAAGGACUCGGCCCGUAGCUGGACACUCAUGCUCACCUGGAUCGCAUCAAUACCCCUCGACACAAUCCUCCUAGUCUACCUAGUCCGUCGCCCCACUCACAUCCUAGACCACACCGCAACAUUUCACCUCGUCAACCUCGUCAUCACCUCCCUCUACACCGAAAGCAUCCCUACAAGCUUAACCUGGUACGCCGUAAUGCUCGCACAUGCAGCCGCUACCGUCGUCCUCACCGAACACGCCGCCAUCAAGAGGGAACUCAACAGAAGCGUCGGAUACAAUCUCGUAGGUGCAGGCCAUGAGGAACACGCCCAAAUGGUCUGGGACGCGCGGCAGGAUAUCCCUCUCAAACCGUUGUAA